AUGCUUUCCUGGACCCGUGGCCUGGGCUCUGACCUAGGCCGUCUCCUAGGGCAAGCGGAUGGCAGUACGACUUCCCUCACCGGCCACAUCUUCAAUGUCACCAGAGAUGUGCUGAUGAAGGGAAGGGAAAAGGUGGAUGAGGUACCUGACUCUGGGAGAAAGGAGGAUGAGGUGAGUCGGGUGACCUUAACAUCAGAGAAUGAGAGACUUAAAACUCUGUGUAGUGAUCUAGAAGAGAAGUAUGAAGCUUCACAGCUUCAACUAAAGCAGCAAAGUGCUAGCUACCAACAUCAGCUCCAACAGAAGCAGGUAGAAAUAGCACUGCUUAGAGAAAAACAACAAGUGACUGAGGAGCAAUUGCUGAAGCUUCAGUCGGCCGCUCUGUGGGUAAAUUCUGGAGCUGGUGGCCAACUGUCAGCCAUGGAAUCUCCUUCCUCCAGUUACGAUUUCGGUCAUCACGCUUCACCUUUCCACGGUGAUGCCAUGGACGUUGCUGACGUGAUUUGGUCACAGCAAGAAAUAAACAGACUGUCAAAUGAAGUCUUAAGACUUGAGGCCGAAGUCAGUCAUUGGAAACGUCUUUCCCAGGCUUCCUUGCAGGGAACAAAUAGCCUAGAGCCACACAAAAUCUGCAAACUGCAGAAUACCAUCAAGGAACUGGAGCAGAAGCGAAGCAAGGAAAUUGAGGAUCACCAACUUGAAAUGGCAGCACUGCAGAAUGUCCACCAGCAGAAGCUCGCAGACGUAAUUCGCAGGUGCCGCAAAAAAUUAAACGGUCAUGAGAAAAAGGUUGAAGAACUGCAGAGUCUGUUACGGAAGGACACCUGUGGAAUCAGAGUAGCCGGUGACCCUCCAAUUGAGGAUCUGCAGAAAACCAUUCAAGUUCUACAAACUGAGAAAGCAGAGUCUACCAGGAAAAUGGAAGAACUUGAAGAAAGAAUACAAUCCCUAAGUGACCAACUAUCUUCUGCAGAAAGUGAAAGAGAUGUUUUGAGGAGAGGACAGGACCAGACACACGAAGAAAAGAAAGACAAGAUCGAGGAGUGUGAACUGCAGCCUUCUGUUUCGAAGAGAAGUGAUGCAGGAGUCACGCAGGAGAGCGUUCUUUCACAAAGUACACCAGUGGAAGAAGUGUUCGGACUGCAGGAAGCACUGUCCGAUGCUGAAAAGGAAACCAUGAGACUGUGUAGCGCAAACCAGGACAAUGAUCUCACGGAAGACAAUCUGAAACUUCCAGAGCCAGUCCACAUUGUGGGGCAAGAGAAUUCAUCGUUAAGCCAAGGAAAGGAAGAACUUCAACUGCCACUUUCUAAAGUGAACAAGGAGCAAGAAGUCACUGAACGCACAGCUCCAGGAGACAUCACCUCGCAUUCAGAAGUAAAUCCGUCAAGACGUGACCCGGAGGCCAAUGAACAAAACUUCAAUCAGAGGACAACUGAGGAGGAAUCCCUGGUAGCAGCGUCAGGGGAGCCGUACAGACAGAAUGGGACCACACUGCCCAGGGCUUCGAUGGAAGGCCAGCUACCGCAACAAGAAAAUGAAGGCAGUGGCAUCACCAUUAAACUAAGACAAGAGGUCAAUGAGGAAGAAAAGAGAGCUUGUCAACUUGAGGAUGAGACGAAUGCGACUACAGAGUUAGAUGUACAGAAAGAAAAGUCAAUUCACAGUGAAUUGGCUGCUAAUGAUUUGCAUCGGCCAGAUCAGUCAGAAAGAUGUCACUUCAACAUCCAGGGGAGCUUUGAACCUCAGGAACAUAGCAAACAAAACGAGAAGGCCCUCUGUAGUGCCACAGAGGAGCUAAUGGAGUCUCUCAAGCAAGACUCUCCCAGUCAUUCGGAAGAUGACUUAGUUAAAGAAAGGGAAACUGAGCUUAGAAGCCUGGAACAAAAGGUUUCCGAAAUGGAGCGGCUGAAUGACAAUUUAAACAAACACAGCAUGGAUCUCAGAGAGGAGAACCAGAAGUUGGUUUUGGCGCUCAAAGAUACAAGACAUCAGCUGGAACAAUCUAUUCUCCAUAGCAAUGAGGAUUCUCUGGGAAAAAACACUGCUCUGAGGGCUUUAAAAAGAGAUAAAGGACACUUAAUAGCCACAUUGUGUCGGGCUGAAAAGAAGCUUUUGGAAGCAACAAACAAGUACCAUCAGACCAUCAAAGAGUUGUCAAGCACACAGAACCCGGAUCAUUUGGCCUCACCUCUGGAGCAUGCCCACUUCAUUCAAGUGAGUCAAGAGAAGGACGUCGAAAUAUUACACCUCAAGAAGAGUCUUGAGCAAAUGGAUGCCGACCAUAAAGAAACCCAGGAAAUUCUGGCCUAUGUUUUGGAGGUACAGAAGCAAUUGACACAAGUAGUGAAGGAGAAAGAUAUUUGUAUUGACAGCCUUAAGGGAAGUCCAGAGCUUCCAGAGGACCUGGAAAAGUAUACCCAAGCCUUAAAAAGAAUUGAAAUUUUACAGCAAACCGUGGAGGAAAAAGACACAUCCCUCACAUGCAUGAUCAAAGAAAAUAUUCACCUGAAAGAAGAACUGGAGCGACUAAAACAUCAGAGUCAGGCUUUACCUAAACUCCUAGAUGAUAUCGUGGAACUAGAGUGUGAGGUGUUGCAGCUGAAUGAAUUAAGAGUUGACCUCGAAGACGAAAUAAAAGAACAACAGAAGAUCAUUAACGAUCAACAGCAGGGUAAGAUACGGCUGCUUCAUUCCUUGGAAGAGCAGAAGUGGGAAGUGGACGAUCUUAGAGGCCAGCAGGAGCAGAUGACCAGUGAGCACACUCGGCUCCUUUCCGCCAAAGACGAGGAGAUUCAGAAUUUGCAAGACACAGUAGAACGCAUUAAAGCCCAGUUGGCCGACCCAGGCCAGCACGCUGCAACACAACCUUCUGACGUUGUCCAAGUCACAACAAGGCAGCAUCUUAGUAUAGAAAACGGAAGUGAAAAGCAUGAUUUCUCCAAAGCCAAAACGGAAAGAUUAGCACAAGGAGUAAAAGACCAAGAACUGGAAGUGAAGCUUCUAACUGAAAAGAACAUCCGGCUGACUGAACAGAUUGAUCUGCCGUCCCAAGAUGAGAUCGGGAAACUAACUCAGAUUAUCGAGCAAAAAGAUGCAGAGAUUCAGGGUCUUUGGAGCAGAAUAUCUGCGGCUUCUCACGGCCAGCACGUAGAACAGCUUCAGCAGCAGUUGCAAGAGUCUGCUUUGCAAAGCCAACGAGUACUGGCUGUCUUAGAGGACAAAACGAGAGAGAAUAGCAAUCUGAAGAGAGAGUAUCACAAAGUGAUAGAUAUAAUUGCGUCUAGAGAAGCAGACCUCAGGAAAAUGCAAGAGGAAAAUAAAAAGCUGGCCACUCGAACUGAAAAUCGCGAUCAGGAUGUGUUUAGAGAAACGAUUCAGCAUUUAUCCCACAUUAUUCGAGAGAGAGACCUCGAAGUCGACGCCUUAAAACAGAAGUGUCAGACUUUAUUGACAAUUCUGCAAACAUCCAGCACUGCUAAUGAGGUUCGAGGUGUUCCCAUGGAUCGGUUCAAGGAGCUUCUCGAGGAACGAGACACAUUCAGGCAGCGAGUGAAGAUAAUGGAAGAGUGGAGGCAGCAGGUGACGGCCACAGUACAAAAUAUGAAGCGUGAGUCACCCCGGCUUCAGGAGCUUCUUCGACAACAGCAGGUGCGGGCUUUAACCAACAUCAACGGUGACUCUGAGCUAGAGAUGACCUAUAUGGACGUGAUCAGAGAUUACAGAGGGAAUGAGAACAAGCUAAGGAAUCUGGAGAAGGAACUGGCACAAAUUCAGCUCAGCAUCGGGGAGCUUUGCAACGCCCAGGAUCACCUCCUGGGGAAGCCUGACGUGAGUUGCCUCCAGCCCUCCACCGAGUCCUCAGAGUCGGAGGAACCUCUGAAGGCUUUUAAAUCGGACUCAGCGACUGAGUCUCCUCCGUGGCUCCAAGAGGAGGUGGAAGAGCUGAGAAAGUCAGUGCAAGACCGAGAGACCACGAUUCGAACCCUGCAGGAAGAUAACCAGAGAUUGAUGGAUUGCGCUGCUGCCACGUCAGAACUCAAACGCAAAGCACACGAACGCGCCGAUUCCAAAAUCCAGCAGCUAAGGGAGAAGGAGGAGGUUCUACAGAACUUAAUCCAGGCUAAAGAGCUCCUGAUCCAGGCGAAAAGCGAGGAGUUGCAUUCCUUAAUGGAGGACUUCACUGGCCAAGUGAGUGAAAAUGAGCUUUUGAGGCAGGCAGUGAGAAACCUGAAGGAGAGGAUAGCCGAUCUUGAGAUGGACGUGUGUCAACUAAAAGAGGAAAAGGAAAAAACAGCAGACUCAUCUAGGGAAAAGGAAGCAGAAAGGCAGGCAUUGCAAGAGACCAAUAUGAGGCUCUCGAAGAUGUGGCAAGAGGAGGAAUCCCACCACGCUGCGAUCAAAGAGAAGGCACUUGCUUUGGAGCAACUACUGAAAGAACGAGAAGAGGGCGAGGCCGGGGAACUGAAUCAGCUUAUAGAUGCAGUUACGUCGGCACAGGAAAAGGCGGUCGUGUUUCAGCAGGAGAGGGACGGAGUCCUGUUGGCGCUGAAACGCAAACAGAUGGAAAACGGUGCCCUCCAGGAUGAGCUUCAGCAGCUGCGUGACAAGGAAUUACACCUAAACCAGGAGCUGGAGAGAACGCGUCGCCGUGCUGUAGAAUCGGAGGACACUCGUCAGCGUGAGUCUCUGCUGGCAGAAGACAAAGUGGCUAAGCUACGGAAAGAAGUCGCGGUAUUGGAGGAAAAGCUGGCGGUGUCCUCCAAUGCCACGGCACGUGCGACCCACCAGGCCAGUAUGCAGGUGGAGUCCCUGCGGGAGCAGCUGCACGUUAUCACCCGACAGAAAGAGGAAACCGCGGCGCAGCUUUCUGCCUUGCAGGAACAAGGAAAGCAGUAUGCUCAAACACUAGCCAGUCUCAAGUCGGAGGUAGCCGAGUGGAUGGACAAGACAGAUACUCUAGAAGGAAAACUGAAGUCCUUACAGGCACGACUAACUAAAACAAACACCGUCUUGGACCUGAAGGAAGACAAACUGGAGGCACUCCGAAAACGAAACGAGGUCCAGCAGGAAGUACUGGAUGAUACGCAGAAGAAACUGAUGAACCUCGUAAGUAGCUCUGAAGGAAUGGUGGACAAAACCCUAGUAAGGAGACUCUUACUGGGAUGUUUUCGGGCACCUCGGAGGGAUCACCGCGAAGCACUGCAGUUGAUGAGCGGCACCCUAGGGAUCAAGGAGGAAGACGUGCGGCAGCUUUGCAGCGAAGAGCAAGGUGGGGUUAUCAGAUGCAUGACCGGGGGGCUUGGAUCCAAAAGUACCCCCAAGCCCCCCGUGAGGCCAGAUCCCCAACCGACGCCCAAGAGCUCCUUUGCGGGGCUUUUUGUCAACUUCCUAGAAGGGGAAUCCGAUUUAGCUCUUCUGCCACGCAGUCCCUCUGCUCCUGACAAGAAGCCUCCAAAUUCGGUAGGAAAAGGAAAAGGCACUAAGGAAAAAGGCCCACCACGGCAGACGAUCACCCUGGGAUCCACACCCCCAAAGAAAGCUGCGAAGCCCCGCGCCACAGCUGUCUCUCUUACUGACCCACGUGGACUGGAAACUGAUGGAUCACAGCAUCUUCUCCUGAAUGCUGUCACUAAUGCUUUACCCACAUACACACCCUUGAUACUCUCACCUGCCAGCAAGGUUGGGAUUGCAGCCAGAGGCCUCUCAAACCAAUAG